AUGGCACAGAGAUACAACGAAAAAAGGAGGUAUUCUGACCCCAAAGAAACUACAAUCGCCUCCAACCAAGUAAUCUCAACGACUACAAGAACAGAAACGAUGGUGUUAUCAACUCUGUUGGCUCGAAUUUCAGACGGCUUGCCUCUGGCUGCAUCGGUAGAUGACGAACAAACCGAAAAUGAUCUUUCUGAGUACAGGCAACAGGCAAAGUUAAUCUUCAGGCGGUUAAAUGAAACCAGUGAAACUAGGUGUAGCAUUGAAAGUGGGAAGUAUACGCUUCAUUACGUCAUAUCAAAUUCAGUGGUUUACCUGUGUAUCGCAGCCAAAUCGUAUCCAAGGAAGUUGGCGUUUUCCUAUCUGGACGAGCUGUCUAAAGAAUUUGAAAGAUCAUAUUCUUCUGAAUUGUCAAAACCCAAUCUCCGACCAUACGCCUUCGUGAAAUUUGAUACAUUCAUCCAACGGACCAAAAAGUUGUAUCAAGACACAAGGACACAAUCCAACCUAGAUAGGCUUAAUGAAGAUUUGGGAGAAGUGACGAGAGUCAUGACGAAGAAUAUGGAAGAUUUAUUGUGGAGAGGCGAUUCACUUGAUCGAAUGUCCACAAUGUCUUCUUCACUAAGGGACGAGUCAUUGAAAUAUCGGAAAGCCGCUCGACAAAUUAACAUCGACGCAUUCUAUCGAAAAUGGGCUCCUGUCGGUGUCAUUGGAAUCAUGUUUUUUGUUGUUGUUUGGUGGCGCUUUUGGUAG